AUGAGUGACGGACAGUGUGCGCUAGGUGCAGCCAAUGUGGUGGCCGGUGUAGAAAGUGAAUUCGCGAACGCGUCCGGUGGUAGGGCGGUGGGACGGUGGCUCGUGGCGCCGGCGUGUCGUGACCCGCGGGUCGCCGCCAAAUCGUUUUUUCGUGUUCUGUAUCUUAUAACUCAGGCAGGGCACGAUUUUCUGAAAAUCAGUAACACAGUUUUUAUCGUCGUCGAAUUUAUCAUCGUCACCUUCAAACAGAGCGUAAUGAAGAUGAGUUUGUCAAAAUUCACGUCCACAUGGAACAUGGUGGAUUCUGAAAUGUUCAACCUUCACAAACCCAAUCAAGUACACAUUUUAAGAAACACAACAGAUAAGUGUAGUAAGUUAAGCAAAGCCUUUGUUACGAUUUAUACAGUGUGCGUAGCAAAUUGGGCUCUUGUACCUUAUAUAACUCCAGAGAGAUCUUUGCAAACUGGAAUUUGGUUGCCGUUUAAUCCUUUGGAUGACUUAAAAUCUUACGUUGCUGCCACCACGUACAUAUCUAUUAGUUGUCUUCAUGCCUCGUAUUUCACAGCUUCAAUCGACACAUUAUCGGCUGGUUUAAUAAUGCAAGCAGUUGGACAAUUGGAACUGUUGAAUGACAAUCUGAAAAACUUGCACAAAUGUGCACAAACUGAUGAUCCAGAUGCAGUAUACAAAAAAAUAAUUGAAUGUGUAAAGCACAACGAGUAUAUUUAUAAGUAUGUAAAAGAAGUCGAGGAAUGUUUGUCCAUAAUAAUAUUCGCCCAGUUUUUAACUAGUACCAUUGUAAUUUGUAUGACGUGCGUAAUUUUAACUUUGGUGAGUACAAUUUUGACACAGAAAAUUAUUGUUUUAGCUCGAGGUCUAUUCUUUUAUUGUUACUAUGGUACACUGUUGUAUCAAGAGAGCAACAAUGUGAUUGAUGCAAUUUACUCUGGAGAGUGGUAUGAACUGGAUGAGAAAUGUAAAAGGGCCUUGGUUGUUCUUAUGGUGAGAGCUCAAAAACCUUUUCUUCUUUCUGCUGGGAAAUUUUUCACUGUUUCCUUAGAAACUUUUACUGUGGUGUUGAGAAGAGCAUAUUCACUUUUUGCAGUUUUGAACAAUUACUAAAUAACACUAUUUUCUUUAGUUCAUUCUUCAGAAUGAAUGAAUGAAUGAAUUGUUUGUAAUUAUUGUUAUAAGGAGAUAAUUUAAC